CGGCUCUUUAUUGGGCUGCUGCCCGCACCUCGGCUCUGCGUUAGGUUGAGACGGGAGGGUCCUCACCUAAAGCCAAAAGCAGAUCAAAGUGGUAGGACUCGCGACGCUACCGCUGAGAAGAGAAGCUCUCGAGGCGACUCCUCCCGGUCCGGGUCGCGCUCGCGCUCGCCCUCGCUCGCCCGCCUCGCCCUCGGCCCCGGGUCCCCACAGCCGCCAGCGCCAUGGAGAAGACCGAGCUGAUCCAGAAGGCCAAGCUGGCCGAGCAGGCCGAGCGCUACGACGACAUGGCCACCUGCAUGAAGGCGGUGACCGAGCAGGGCGCCGAGCUGUCCAACGAGGAGCGCAACCUGCUCUCCGUGGCCUACAAGAACGUGGUCGGCGGCCGCCGGUCAGCCUGGAGGGUCAUCUCGAGCAUCGAGCAGAAAACCGACACCUCCGACAAGAAGUUGCAGCUGAUUAAGGACUAUCGGGAGAAAGUGGAGUCGGAGCUGCGGUCCAUCUGCACCACGGUCCUGGAAUUGUUGGACAAGUAUUUAAUAGCCAAUGCAACUAAUCCAGAGAGUAAAGUCUUCUACCUGAAAAUGAAGGGAGAUUACUUCCGAUACCUUGCUGAAGUUGCAUGCGGUGAUGAUCGGAAACCUUUUGACGAGGCCAUUGCAGAGCUUGAUACACUGAAUGAAGACUCCUACAAAGACAGCACUCUCAUCAUGCAGUUGCUCAGAGACAACUUAACAUUAUGGACAUCAGACAGCGCAGGAGAAGAAUGUGACGCGGCAGAAGGGGCCGAGAACUAAGUGCACACACGGUGUCAUCCUUCCUCCGACAAGAAACCUUUUUACACAUCUCCAUUCCUUACUCCACUUGGAUUUCCUAUAGCAAAGAACCUGUUUGUGUGUAUGGAGGCGGCCGUUCCUAGUCUUUUCACACUGCAGCUUUGGGAAAACUCCAUUCCUUGGUUUGUGUUUGUCUUGGCCUUCCUGAUGUGCAGUUACUGCUGUAGAAAAGUAUUAAUAGCUUCAUUUCAUAUAAACAUAAGUAACUUCCAACACUUAUGUAGAGGACUAAAAAUGUAUCUGGUAUUUAAGUAAUCUGAACCAGUUCUGCAGUGACUAUGUUUUGUAUUACUGUGGAGAUAAGAUGACAAAAUAGUUCAUUACAAUUUAAAGAGUGUUCUACAUAACUUCUUAAUUUCUACAUUCCCUCCCUUUCUCUCCUUUGGGGUUUCCUUUCAGUGAGCAGCUUUUCCAUCCUCCUGCUGUGCUCCUUUUCGGUAGGAAUCCAGAAGUAUUAGAUUGAACGGGAAAGGACGUGGUGUCUCUGGGCUGGGGAUCGCAAAUUCAAAAGCCUCCUGAAUCGAGUUGGAUGGAGGUUGUGUCGGUCUGUGACAACAGAAGUUUCCUUAUUCACUUCAUUUGCUGCUGUUUAAGUUGACAACUUCCCUUCCCAAUAAAAAUUCACUUACACCUCUUGCCUUUGUAGUUCUGGUAUUCACUUUACUAUGUAAUAGAAGUAGCAUGUUGCUGCCAGAAUCCAAGCAUUGCUUUUGGCAAAUUAAAAUGCAUGUCAUUUCUUAAUACACUAGAAAGGGGAAAUAAAUUUAAGUACAUGAGUCCAAGUCUAAAAGUUUAGUACUUUUCCAUGCAGAUUUGUGCACAUGUGAGAGGGUGUCCAGUUUGUCUAGUGAUUGUUUCUUAGAGUUGGACCACUACUGUGUGUUGCUAAUCAUUGACUGUAGUCCCAAAAAAGCCUUGUGAAAAUGUUAUGCCCUGUGUAACAGCAGAGUAACAUAAAAUAAAGUUACAUUUUAUAAAACCA